AAUAAAAUAGCUGUCCGAUUUACGCAUGUCAAAUAAAAAUGAGUUUACCUAGGCCGAAGGAGAAGACAACGAUUUUGGACCUGUUAUGAAAGCAUUCAAUCAUUUAUACGAAUCUAUAUUUAUCUCGAUUUCUUAGAAGAGACAAAAUGUUGCAUCUAAUCGUUAAGAAGACUUUACCAAAGAAUGUCUCAUUCGUCUACCUUGGAACAUUCAAUGUACAUCGUUCUUUAUCUAAUCAAAAGCAACAAAGUGUAAAUGCAAAUGUACCAGGACUUAGCGACAAAUGUUACAAACUUCCUACAAAACCGGUGGGACCAGGUGCAUCCAAAGAUAAAGAGUAUAAAAAUCCAGAGUACUUUUGUUAUCACUUAGAUUCAUUCGCAGAAGCAGAAGUGGAAUUAGAAAAAUACAGGUUACCAGCUCCUUCUAACAAAAGACCCUUCAAGCAAUGAAUAACCAUUUAAAAUCUAUAAAAGAAACAAGUUAUUAUCGAUGGCCGAGGGAAUCGAAGGAAAUAAGCUUAUAGUUUCCAUUAGAAAUUAGUGUUAUAUAAUGAAAAAAGUAUUUAAUAAAAAAAGUAUAAAUACAAUUAG